AUGGCAACUGGAUUUAAAUUGCCUGAUUUACCACCCGUAAAAUCAGCAUGGGGGCCUCAUGAGACUGAGCAGUUUAGUGAAGACGUCCCUUAUGCUCCUUUCAGCAAAGGUGACCGUUUAGGUAAAAUUGCUGACUGGUCUGUUGAGCAACCCAAAGAUGGUCGCGAACAAAGAGGCCGUCAAGGAGCUUUCGUUAAUAGAUUUCGUGACCAAUAUCAAACAUAUGGUCAUGGUGCCGCUUCUGUCUUUGCUUAUCAACACUCCGAGGAUGAAUCAUCGUUCUCUGUGAUUGAUCGUGGCUCUGUUAACCGUGUCCGUACCUCUGCCCGUGGAACUAUGUUGAAGGUACGUGGCCGUGGUCAAAACACUCAACGUGGAGGAGCUGGACGUGGUGGUCGUUUCGGUGGAGGUGGACGUGGUGGCACUGAAACUGUCAUGAGUCGUGCUGCUGGCGGCGGUGGUGGUGCUAGAGGCCGUCGUUUUGGCUGGAAAGAUUAUGACAAGCAUCAACGCAUCCGUAAUGCUAGUGUUGCUGUCGGCAAUGAAUGGGAGUUGCUUGAGGAAAUUGAGUUUAGCCAUUUGUCCAAGCUCAAUUUGGCUGCUACUGCUCCUGAGACCGUCGACACUUACGGUUAUGUUUAUCCUUAUGAUAAGUCUUUCGACAAGGUGCACGUUAAAUCUGAGAAGCCUUUGCAAGCCUUGGAUCGCGUUCAUUACAACACUACCACUACAGAAGAUCCCGUUAUUCAAAAGCUCGCUGUUUCAAGUGAAGCCAACAUCUUUAUCACUGAUAGUGUCUUGUCCUUGUUGAUGUGUUCUACUCGUUCCAUUUACCCCUGGGAUAUUGUUAUUACCCGCCAAAGCGGCAAGCUUUUCUUUGACAAGCGUGAAGGUGGUCCUUUCGAUUAUCUUACCGUAAAUGAGAAUGCCUACGAUUCCCCUAUGGACAAUGAUGACCGUGAAGGAGUUAACUCUCCUGGUGCCUUGUCUGUUGAAGCUACUUACAUCAAUCAAAACUUCUCCGUUCAAGCUGUUCGUGAAGCUGAAGAAGAAAAGCAUGACUUGAAUCAUCCCAAUCCUUUCUACAACUCCAAGGAAGAGAACGAGCCUUUGGCUGCACAUGGCUAUGUUUACCGUAAGGUUAAUUUGUCCCUUGAUUCAGAUGAGAAGCCUGUAAACUUGAUGGUUCGUGCAGAAGUUGAUGGCUACAUGAAGACACCUUCCAAUGACGUCCAAUAUGUUUCCAUUAAGGCCUUGAAUGAAUAUGAUCCCAAGUUUACCAAUGUUGCUGGCUCUGUGGACUGGCGCUCUAAGCUUGAAAGCCAACGUGGUGCUGUCUUUGCUACUGAGAUGAAGAAUAACAGCUGCAAGCUUGCUCGCUGGACGACUGAAGCUCUUUUAGCUGGCGUUGAUACUAUGAAGAUUGGUUUUGUUAGCCGUUCGAAUAUCCGCGAUGCUCAACAUCAUGGUAUCCUUGGCGUCGUUGCUUAUAAGCCUGCUGAUUUGGCCAACCAAAUGAACAUGAGCUUGAGUAAUGGAUGGGGUAUUGUACGUACUAUGGCUGAUAUCUGUUUUAAGAUGCCAGAUGGCAAAUAUUCUCUCGUCAAAGAUCCCAACAGACCCAUUGUGCGUUUGUACUCUGUUCCUCCUGAAACUUUUGAGGAGCCUACUGCACCUGCUUCUGAAAUUUCAUCUUCUUGA